AGGGCAAUGGGUCUGGGUGAAGCACAGGAAUGACAUCUCUUUCUCUUUCGCUUUCAAAGCCUUCGUAUCUGCUGUCAGUAUUAUAAUUAUCAGGCAGGGAGCAAGGGAAGUCUCACGGCUGUAGUGUUGAUGGUGUGUUUGGACAAGAACACGACCAGGCUCAACUGGAAGUAGUGGAGGCGAGUGAGUGCAGCGCCACAGAGGUCAAAGUUUUCGACCCCGGGUUCAAGCUGGUCAGAAUGGCCAAAAGACGAGAUGAGAAGCCAGCAGGCCUGUUGAGCCGUGUGGGCUUCGGUAACAUCCUCCGAAUCAUCAUCUUGCUAUGCAUUGCUGGUACAGCUUCGGUGCACAUUGCCUGCAUCGUGCUGCCCAACUGGUGGAAAUUAGACUAUGAUCAUGUCGUGGCCAGGGACAGUGUUCUGCGGAUUUACCAGCUCAAUGGCGGAUUGUGGCGAAUGUGCCAGCUCUACGAGGACGAUGCACCGCUGUUUCUGCUCGAGUCGCGCACCAAAUCGUGCUUCUAUUACGGGCAAGAAGGCAACAACCAGCAUCUCAUAGGAUAUGUCCCUCACGUGGAAAACUGGCAUGUGCGGCAGACGCGAGGCUGCCUGAUCAUGAGCGUGAUUCUCAACUUUAUCAACAGCAUCCUGGUGGCGGUGGCGUGCAAGGUGCACCGCAAGCGCAUCGUGAUGAUGAUCGUGUUCCUGAUGCAACUUGCCCAAUGUUUCCUGAUAGCUGGUGCACUGGUCACGGCACACAACUGGAUAACGGCCGGUACGUGGAGAGAUUUUAACGAGUACGACUUCUGCUUCUGGUGGUCGUGCUACUUGCUGGGCCCGUACUUCUGCCUCUCGCUCAUGUCCCUGUGGAGUGCCUGCACGUCUAGGACACACAGCCUGGUGCAGCGUGAGAGCGAUGAUGAUAGCACCGACGUACACGAUGAUGAUGAUGAGGGAUUCUCGGCAACCGGUGCCCAUGAAAGCAAGCCUGUUGAGCUGGAUGAUGUACGCCCGAGCAACAAGAAACCAGUGGUCAUGGUCGACACCAUCGAGUCGGCUCAAGUGUAAUCCACCUUCCAGCCGUCUACUUCCCAGCUGAUCAUCAUGAUGGUACUCCUUCACUGUGAUCAUUAUCUUUUUUACCUGUAUGACAUCAUUGCAUUUCACUAUGAUGUCACUGCUGACGUCAUGCCCUAAGCACCCAGGCAGGGUAAUGAGAGGAUCAUUGACAUGAACAUGCAUUCCCUGAUCUCUGGUCAUGAUACUGUGUAUGCUGAGCUCUGCUAAGAAGACUGUUACUACAUUGUACAUUGUACUAACGGUACUACAUUGUACAUUGUACUAACGUUACUAAUACUUCUUGUGGUGUGUUUAGUCUGUAAAGGCCAUGGGUAAAUUACCAGUAAGAAUUGAUUCUAGGUUUUUUAAAAGUAAGUUUUACAUGUACAUCCAGCAGCAUGUAUGCAGGCUUGCAGAGAUUCUAGGUUUUGCAGCAUGUGACCGCACAGCAUAGAUAAGAGAUGGAUAGUAUUACUCCUAGUCAGCGCCGCUUGCUUUGCUUGAGCCCGGCCGUGCUCGAUCAUCUGUCGCAUGCAUUGCCGCGUCUUACCCCAAUGAUUAUGCCCAUGCAUGGCAGUUGAACCCUAGGCCCUCAUUUGUCCGAAUCUGUCUAUUCAGUUACUUCAAAGUACUUUGAUUUAUAUCAUGGCUACCAUUCUCCUAGCCGACCCAGGCUGUGGCCUGGGUUGGAUUCAGGGCUUCAGCAACAUCUUUCCGUCAUCGUUUAUUUUCUCGCUUUGUAUGCCAAUACCUGUAACUUGUGUAAGUAUUGUGAGCGAUUAAAAAAAAGUAAAAGUAAAUUAUCGUAUCCGUUCCCGAAGGGAACUCACGACGGCCGCUAACACCCGAUGUGAGCGAUUAGUAUCCAGAGAAAGCCGCCACUAUAGGUACUUUCUUCCGGCAAUUUGCAUGGUUUUAAAACAAUUUUGGUGUACAUGUCCAUACUGGUAUGUUA